CUAAGAUUAAAUCUGGGCCGUCGGAUCAUUUUGCAAUCAUGCCGAUCAGAAACAUCGCCGCUGGCCGUCCGGAGGAGGCGAGCCGUCCCAACGACUUAAAGGCGGCGUUGGCUGAGUUUAUAUCAACCAUGAUCUUCGUCUUCGCCGGCUCAGGUUCAGGAAUUACUUUCAACAAGCUCACUGAAAACGGAGCCACCACUCCUUCCGGCCUCGUAGCCGCCGCACUGGCUCACGCCUUUGGACUCUUUGUCGCCGUCUCAGUCAGCGCCAACAUCUCCGGCGGACACGUUAACCCCGCCGUCACUUUCGGCGCUUUCGUCGGUGGUAACAUCACUCUCCUCCGUGGUAUCCUCUACUGGAUUGCUCAGCUACUCGGCUCUGUCGUCGCUUGUUUCCUCCUUAAAUUCUCCACCGGCGGUUUGGCGGUGCCGGCUUUUGGCCUCUCCGCCGGAAUAGGAGUGUUGAAUGCUUUUGUUUUCGAGAUCGUGAUGACAUUCGGGCUGAUUUUAAAUUAU